AUGGACAAAGAUGCCACGCGGGAACAGCGAACAACGACUUGGUCGAUUUUGCUACAAGUAUCUCCAAGAUGCACUGCUCUUCGCUAUCCGAGUCACUCGCUACUGCAAUUCCCUGACGAGAAGAGCGAUUCGGGAAUCCCUCCAUCACAACUGAACUCGUUAUACACUGGUGAUUCAGGUACUCGGAAGGAACACAAAGGCCUGAACACAACCCCGACCUCUCCCACACCCUGCCUGUACUUCACCACACCCAACCUACACAACCAUCUCCCUACAAUGGCUAGUCGCCAAGAACGCCCUACUCUGACCGUGAGCAUCCCAUCCGCUGACGCUUUUGUGAGUCCGCUAUACCUGGGGCGAGCGGAGCAGACAACCAGCGCAGACAGCAUAGAAUCCAGCCUUGAGCGAGAGCCAUCAUGGACUCCAAAACCAGUCAAUGACGCGGAGUAUCGAGCUGAAUGUCUGGCUCGGCGCGAGCGAUACAUCCUAGCCCUCCAAUCCUCAGGCGAUGCUGGGUUCAACGACUACCUUCACUGGUACCGUGAUCACCCACAUUCAUACCCUUUUAGACGCUGGGAUUCCUGCAGUUGCACUUAUACAGCCUCGACUGAUUCAUCCAGCAGUGUGCAAUUCUCAUCUUAUGAAGAUGAGGAUAGAGAAGGUACGCUUGUGCCUUCUUAUGUGGACACCGCCCAACCCAAGUCAUACGGUGCAUGCCGUCAAGCAUUUUGGAACUUGGAUUCCACUCGUUUCCCUUUAGGAUUCGGAUCUCCGGAUAGUGCCAGCGCUGAUGAAGAACGACCUCUUCUGUCGUAUUCGACCCGCCGAGCCGAAGUCGUGUUUGGCGGUGAAAAGGAAAUUUGCAGUGGUAGCAUGGCGAUUUGCUCAUCGAUUGUCGUCACGGCCAUCACCUUGGCUGGGCUCUUGAAGUUGAGGGACAUCAUUUUCUAG